UUAGUGUUGUAGCUACGAAGAGUCCAGGUAACAUGUGAGGAGUGUGGUUUUCAAACUUUUAACAGGAAAAGAUAAAGUUAUUAGAAGUGUCUGAGACGCCAUGCGUGAAAGGUCGCUUCCCGCCUCCCCCAACUGGUACUGCUCGCGCUGCAGUGAUGUCAACAACAACGGUUUGCUGGGCGUCGGAGCCAAAAAUGUAGUCUACUUGAUUGACGUGUCUGCAUCCUCAUGCAGGGUCGUAGGUGAGCUUGUGGGCCACAGGGACUUGGUGUCGGGGUUUUCAUUCUGUCAGCAUGCAGGUCAGAACCACGUCUGUGUCAGCGCCUCCACUGAUGGCAGCGUUCGCUUCUGGGACUCGGAGAAAAAGACUCUGAUCAGGGAGCAUACGGCUCAUCCGACCCCCGUCUCGGCAGUGCACUGGUCCCCAGUGGAUAAAAACCUGGUGGUGUCGGGUGAUGAGAAAGGAGUCGUGCUGAUCCACUGGUUCCACACAGGAGACACGGCCAGCUUCUUCCCUGAACCCAGAAGCAUCUUCUGCCUCACCUGCUCCCCUCACACCUGGAGCUCUGUGGCCGUUGGGUACAAAGAUGGGAUGAUUGUGCUGAUCGAUGUCAGUAAGAAAGGCGAGGUGAUGCACCGUCUUCGCGGACAUGACAAUGAGAUCCACUCGCUGGCGUGGUCGCCUCUGGCCGGUGAGGACUCUCUCUGCAGCAAAACUGAGGACGGUGAAGCAACAAACGGAGAGUCUACAGGCGAGGAAAACGGCUGCUAUCUGGCAUCGGGAAGCAAAGACCAGACUGUAAAGAUCUGGAGCACAGCGAAGGGAAAAGGUGUGAUGACUCUGAAGCUGCCGUACCUGAAGAGGAGGGGCUCAGCGGUCGAUCCCGGGGUCAAAGAGAGAAUCUGGCUCAACGUCCACUGGCCGAACGGACGACCCACCCAGCUCGUGUCCACCUGCUUCAGCGGUGAGUUGGUGAUGUGGGAUUUGACCAAGGCGGGGAAGCAGAGAUGGAGUCUGUUUGGAGCGUCCUCAGAGGGACAGAACCACAACAGGAUCGUCUUCAACACCAGUUCAGUCGUCCUGCAGGACGGCAGAGAGCUGCUCAUCAGCACAUCCAUGGACAGAGAGAUUAAAUGCUGGGACCUGAGCUCUCUGAGCUGCUGCUGGACUCUCCCCACCCUUGGGGGUGUCAUCCACGCCCUCACCUUCUCCCCCGUGGGUUCGGGGUGCCUGGCACUGGGCGUCGCUGACAACAUGAUCCGUGUGUGGAGCACGCUGAGCACUCAGAACCAGUACGACAUCCGGUCCUUCUGGCAGGGCAUCAAGUCCAAAGUCACAGCGUUGGCGUGGCACCCGAUGAAAGAAGGCUCCUUGUCUUUUGGGACAGAUGAUGGGAAAGUCGGCAUCUACGACGUCUUCUCCAACAAGCCUCCUCAGAUAUCGAGCUCCUAUCACAAGAAAACGGUUUACACGUUGGCCUGGGGACCCCCAGUUCCCCCACUGUCGUUUGGUGCAGCGGGAAAGCAGAGUUUCAGCCUGUACAGCUGUGCAGGGGAAGGCGUCAUACUGCAGCAUGAUCCAUCUAAGCUGAGUGGAGAGGCUUCGGACAUCGACAAGCUCAUCAAAGACACCAACAACAUCAAGCACAAGCUGUCUCCACACACAGACCUCAGCUGGAAGCCAGAUGGGAAGGUUGUUGCCAUCGGCAACGAGGAUGGGUGCAUUGACAUGUACCAGGCUCCCAGUCUGAAGCUGCUGUGCAGCAUCCAGCAGCACCACAAGAUCAUCAACACGUUACGAUGGCAUCACGAGCACGGCCCUUCGCCCAAGCUGCACGGGCUCCUGGCUUCGGGCUCCAGCAACGCCAUCGUCUUUGUGCACGAUCUUUGCGCCAUUAUGGAGAAUCCUCCAGACAGCCCGGUGGUUGUCACGGAGCCGUUUCGCAGGUUGUGUGGUCACACAGCUAAAAUCACCAGCAUGGCUUGGAGUCCGCACCACAGCGGCCGACUGGUCACUGCCUCGUAUGACGGCACAGCUCAGGUGUGGGACGUCCUGGAAGAGACGGCUCUGUCCAACUAUCGAGGCCAUGCUGGUUAUCUGCUGUGUGUGGACUGGUCACCUGUUGAUCCAGACGUCAUCUGGACUGGAGGGAAAGACUUCACUGUGCAGGAGUGGAAAGUCUCUCAACAAGAGUUCACAAAGCCUCCAAAAGGGAAAAAGAUGACCAUGCUGCAAGAGAAGAAGAAGGCCGGUUCCAAGCAGAAGACCAAGAACAGACCUGCGUCGGGAUCCGGAGGAGCUGCAGCACCGAAGAUGAACGGAGAGGCGAUUACAGGAAGAGAGAAGCUGGGGAUGGACCUGGAUAUGUCUGAUGAUGAUGGGGAUGAAGUCAGAUCAUCAAACAGUCUGGAGUCUCCAGCAGCAACUGAGAUGCAAAGGAAAUCCUCCUCUGCUGCAAAAACUAAAGAAAAACCAGAUUUACACCUGCAGAAGAAGAAGAAGCCUCGCUCCAUGCUGCCCCUCAGUACAUCCAUGGACCACCGGCCCAAAGAGGAGCUGCUGCAGGACUGCGUCACUCUGGCCGCCGUCACACACGGCAGCGCGCCACCUGCAGGCUGUGUACCAGGACAGGGCGAUCACAUCCAUCUGGGUCUGUUUGCUGACCGACAGGCUCUGUACUGCAUGUUUGCGGCAGAAGAGGAGGCACAUAUGGAGGCGGGUCACUACGACUCUGUGGUGUACCUGCGGCUGUGGAGCGGCGACCUGGAGGGGGCGCUGCAGCUCGCCACAGAGAGAGGAGAGCUGAACGACCACCUGCUGUCCAUCGCUCCCAUGGCCGGGUUUAAUGUGUGGAGCCAAACGGUGGAGGCCUUCGUCAAGCAGCUUUGUCUGCAGGAGCAGUACCUGAAGGCAGCGUCACACCUACUGUCACUCAACAAACUCUACGAGGCCGUCGACCUGCUGAGAUCUCACAAACUCUACAGGGAAGCCAUCGCUCUGGUCAAAGCCCGGCUGCCUGCAGAUGAGCCAGUCCUGAAGGAGCUCUACACAAGCUGGGCUGCUGUGCUGGAAAAAGAUGGACAUUUAUCUGCUGCUGCUAAAUGUUACCUCGCUGCUGGUUCCAGUUUCGAUGCAGCUAAAGUCGUAUCCAGAAAGAACGACGUCUCUUCUCUGAGGACAGCAGCUGGCCUGGCAAGGAUCUCCGGAGAGGACACUCUGGCUCAGUCGCUGGCACUGCGAUGUGCUAAAGAUCUGGCUGCUGCUCAGGACUGGGUUGGAGCCCAGGAGGUCCUCAGCUCUCAGGACGGCCUACUGGUCCACAGACUCCACCUCUGCGUGGCUGAGCUGCUGAGUGUGACGCUAGAGGCCUCCGAGGUCGUCUUGCCAUCAUCCCGCGUCUCCACUCAUCAGUGGAUGUCACCGAGCAGACAGCUCAUCAACAUCCUGGACCGAGUCAGAGAAAUCUGGGAGGAAGAGUUUGCCGUUUCCCAGAAGUCAGAAGGACAUUGCAGCAUCGCAGCCCUUCUUCAGGAACUGAAAUCCAUAGAGAGUCCAGCACCCACGUCCAGCGCACUGCUCCGACAGGUGCUGCUGUAUUCCUCCGUCCAUCUGACCCGAGCUGUGCUGAGCUGGUUGCUAGGCGACGAUGGAGAGUUAAUAAAGGAGCUGUGGCAAGCGGUGGCGUGGCCAAGAGAUUCGGGACACUUCUGUGUUUCUGCAGAGCUCUGCAGGCUGCUGUUCUGUGACGGUGAUGUCAGUGUUUGCUCCAGGAAACAUCCCAAAAAGCUUCAUCACAGUGAAGACGAAGCUAAAGCUGCCGCCAGCAGCCUGCAGGCUUUUCUAUGUUACCACCGUCUGUAUGAAAGCUGGUGGAGGGGCUUAGCAGGCGGCCAGGAGGUCCAGAACGGGCUCCACCUCUCAGCAGCCGACUCCGGUCCCAAAGACGAAGUGCCGAACCCGGGACUGACGAACCAGACUGUAGAACCAUCUACAGAGAGGUUAGAUGAACUGGAUUUUGAUGCAUCGCUCCUCCUGUCGGAGCAUCACGCCGCCUGUCAGGCCGCUCAGAAAGCCGUGAGGGAGAUCCAGGAGCGGCUGGCCGCCAUGGUGCUGCAGCACAGCCGAGCCCAGGGAGGGCAGCUCCAGUCUGGGGAGAAAGAGGACGACGAUCCCUCACAAAGUUCAUCUUCAGGCGGAAACAGCUUUGAAAACAUUAAUAAACGUUCUGAGGACCAGGACACUCUUCUGUCUUUGUCCAGUAAGAUGUCCAAAUACCAGGAGGAGCUGGCCAACCUGCCCGGCACAAUGAAGAUGUAUCCUCAUCCAGAUGUGGUGGAGUGUUGCCUCGUCCUCCUGCAUCUCAGUAGGUCUUCACCAUCGGUUUCCGACUCCCUCCAACAAGAGGCCAAAGAUCUGCUACGUAAAUACGGAACGAGUCCGUCUGUAUUAAAAGCCUCCCGGCAAUUCCUCACAUAAUUUUUUUCUAUUUUUUUUCUUUUUAUAAACUGGCAGUAGCACUUCACCUGUACAGCUGUUUGUUGAAUAAAAAGUUAAAUAAACCAAGUCGAUGUGAUUCUACGUUCAGAAGUUGAGCUAACGGCUGCCUGCGACUGCUCAAAGUUCAUGACAACCAACAUCAAAAAUGAUGUUGCUUGUCAUCAACUCUUUAGUUUAAUAAAGAGGAAGCAUCUUUAUUAAACUAGUUUAUGUAUUUUUUAAGUUGAAGUAACGAAAGGCUCCAAUAAAAUGCCCAAUUAACUCAC